UAUACGAGUCAAACCACAAAAUUCAAGGUCCUCGAAGGCGCGCGUGCGUGAGCACGAGCGUACAGAACAGAACUACAGACUACUGCGGAGGCCGGAGCGGACUGCGCGGCGGAGAGUGCGGAGCGGCGCAACGGUUCGCGCGGAGAGUCUGUGCGACUUCACCGUGUGCCGUGUGUGACAUCACGCUUCAUUGUUGGAGGUUUACGUCAUUCCCGAGUCUGCUCGAAGUGUCGCGGCGCGCGCGGAGCGGAGACGACGCGGACGGUACGGUCGGUACGUCGAGUGCACGCAUGCACGCACGCUUGUACGCACGCACGCACGCACGCAUGCAGGCAAACAAUCUCCUUCUCUCGUCUGUUCUCUUCGCGGGAAAGACAACAAGCGAUAAAAUGUCGCCCACCUCGUUGUCGCUGACUCGAGCUGGGAGAUCGAAUCGCUCGCACGCUUGCUCCUGCAGUGUCUGUCGCGCGUAAAACGGAAAGAAAGCGUUCGCGUCUGGAAGUGUCGCGUACAGGAGGUUUGCGACUGUUACUUGAAAAAAAAAAAAAAAAAAAAACAACAACACUUGGUGUCUUUGCAAAAAGAAACUUAUUUCCGUUUGGAGGAAUAUGUCAAUGCGCUCGACGUGUUGAAAUAGCCGCUUAAAGUUUCCUAAUAUGUCAUAAAGGAGACUCGGAGAUUGUUAUAUCAAUAUAUAUAUUUACGAGUGAGAUCCGCGCGCGCGUCGAACGACUUCCGCAAGUUCCGCGCGAUUCGUCAUCGCGUCGUAUUGCACAUUGUCGAUUAGCAGCAAGACAGCCCAGUGAAAAUGUGAUUGACCAUCAUUCGUCAUCCAUACGGCCCUUCUUGAUCACCACUGUCGUGGCACCGUGUGAUCCAUCUUCCUCUAACGCACGAUACGACGACGGCGACGACGACGACGACGACGACGACGCUGCCGGCGCGCCUCUCUUUCAUUUUAAAUAUAACAGUGUAUAAAUAAGUAUGAGCAAUAGCGGGAGUGCGCGGCGAGGCUCUUCGCGUCGCCACUGCUGUUGAUUUUUCUCCCGUCCGCGCGCGCGGAUACGCGUUGUUUAUCAACGUGCUCUGCGCGCCAGACAGAGAUAGAUGUCGAUGGAGUACGAGUGAAUGAGAGCGAGAGCGAGAGUGUAAACGAAACGUUGCGCGUCGUCUCGUCGGAUCGGCCGCACUCGGAAAAUUGUGACUUCUUCCAUUUAUACGUCGUGCUCAUACGGUGUUCUUUGUGCUCUUUGGCAUACGACAUCAAACACCUGCAUCAAGGUGAGCUUGGAACAUUUUUAAUUAGAAGAGGAUAAAGCUUUAUUCUUGAUAGCGAUUUAAUGUGCUGGCAUGUCUGACAAAAAAAUCAUCAAGAAAAGCUUGAAAGUCCUAGCUGAGAAGAACAUAGAUAUGUUUAUAUUUCCAAAAGUAGGCAUUUAAAUUGGUUGCAGUUUUAAAUAAUGAGGAAUAUUUAUCGUCAGAUAUUGAUCAAGCAUAAACUUAACGAUCACCAGUAUCUCCAAUAUACAAGAAAUAUACGUGAUGCUGUUGCUUCCAAAUUGCUUGCAGCUCUACAACAAGCUGCAGCAUGAUGCUGAAGAUUGUCCCGAAUAUACCGAUGCCUGUAUAAUGUUAGAAGAAUUUUGCAUAUUUGCCGCAGAACUGGCACGUCUGUGCGAGCGAGGAACAACAGUUGUUCCUAUGAACGCCUCUUGCUCAUUACACGGUGAUGGAAAAGGCACUAAUCACAAAACUGGCUCAAAAAGGAUGGCAUAUGAGGUAUUUUUGGGCGGGUCUUGUAAUCCAACUACCUGGAGGUCAGACAUAGCCAUACCGACUCUUCAGAAUCUUGGCAUUACUUAUUAUAAUCCUCAAGUGUCACAAUGGGGUCCGGAAUUAAUAGCCCAGGAAUACGAGGCAAAACAGACGGCGCGAGUCUUACUGUUUGUUAUUGACAACCAGACGCGCAAUAGCGCGGGCAUCAUCGAAGCAGCUCAACUGGCAGCUACACGUAGCGAGUCCUUGGUUCUUGUCAUUUAUCCGUAUCGUCAGGGACAAACUAUACUUGGAGAGACUGUUUCCAUGCAGGAAUAUUAUGAUUUGAUGAACGGGUUAUUAGUGCUUCAAUACCUAAUGGAAAGGCAAAGGAUACCAAUAUUCGAGAGUGUGUCAGUUGCCCUUCACUGUACGUCCAAGAUGUUACGUGAAAAGAUCAAUGUGCAGGAUUGCAUGAACACUGAGGAUGGCAUCAGACCUAUAAGAAUCUCGCUUACUCAGAAUGGAAUGGAUACAGUAAAAUUGCGGGAAAUUUUCAAAUCUAUGGACGUUAAUGAUAGUGGCACAGUAAAAUUGGGGGAAGUUUGGGUGAUGUUGCAGUCGAACACAAUGUGCAACACUUUAUCUCUCUCGGAUCUGCUCAACACAGUAAAUAAGUCCGAAAUCUACAGGACAUUGAUAGAUGGAUUUCCGGCAAAAGAUGACCCAACCGAAUUACGAAUCAAUUUCGAGCAGUUUUGCGUUCUAGCAAGCGAGUCGUCGUGGAUGCGGACGAAGAGUAAUGGCAUCUCUUGCGAAAGUGAGAUACCUUCAGUAUGGAAUAUAUUAUGUAGGAAGACCUCAAAUUUCUUGCGCCGAGUUAUCGUACAUCCUUUUAAUCGCUUCCUAGAUUGGACCAAUUCCUUUGUACAAGAGUUCGAGAAAAGAGAUAUUUAUGUUGGCGUAGUCAGUAAAGAUCUGUUUUGGUUAGAAUCUUCCGCAGUACCAUUGAUAGAGUCAAUGAAAUUGUCUCUAUACCGACCAAACUUGAACGAAUACAACAUAAGAGUAUUGCCGCAAGAAUUGCAGAAGAUAAAGAACUCACGACUGAUUCUGUUAAUAGUGCCGCAGCAUUCACGCGGCAUCGCCAUUAUGGCAUUGGCAGCUCACUUGAUUGGACUGCGCGCUAAGCUCGUCCUCUGUGUUCAAACUCUUCCUGAGGGUUCUAUUGUGUCUGAUGAACAAUUGACUGAACAAGCCCGAAAAGAUUACAACCGGGGGAGGAUGUACCUGUCGGACUACGCAACGCGUGAAGGUGUACCUGUUUUUCAGAAUAUCGCUGAUGCUUUGCAACAUGCGAUACAAUUAGUUCAAAGUCCUUGUUGACUUAAUUGCUCUUUACUUUUUUUUUCUAUCGUUUCAUACAGAUAAGCUCAUUAGUUCGACAACUAAUUUAUUUUUAUUCUUAACAAUGUCCAGCUACCAUGUUUGAGAUCUAUGCAAACAUACCAUAGGUAUAAUGAUGAUGAUAAUGCCGUAUUAUCAUUAUUAUGUCUAUAAAAAGCGAUUGUUAAUUAUAUAGCAAUUCAUCCCGUUAUGCGUUGGAUACAAUUGCUAAUAAGCCUGCUUUUUCUCUGAUAAUGUUGCUUAUCGUUAAUGUCUCAUCAAUAUCUAGCUGUACAUAGUAUUAUCACUAUUGUCAUUUUUAAGUUCUUGACAAAGUUAAAUCACAUGCAAUCAAAAGUUAUUUACGUCAAGAUAUAUUCUAUUUAUUGUUAAACUAUUUGUCAUGAACACAACAUUUCUGAAGCAAUUAUUUUUACUUUCGUUGAUCGUUAUAUAUGGUCCUUUUAUUUUUUAUUUUAUUUCUAAAAAAUAUAUAAUUUUAUUGAUUUAAUGAGUCGCGAGCAGCUAACCAUUUUAUUAUUUAGUUAUUUUUAAUUAUUAUGUUCUCUUAUCGAAUGACGUUAAAAUCCUCAUUUAAUUAUUAUAGAACAGUAAAAAAGAAAAGCAAUCUCUCACGGUAGAUGGACAUAUACAAUUUUUCUCUCGUUUUUUUUUUUAUAGUAACUUAAUGUUCGUAAUUUUUUGUAACCUUUUGGUAACGUGGUUGAGGAUUGAUAUAUAUAUAUGUGUAUAUAAAACUCAUAAUUGUCUCUAACGAUCUAAUCAAAUUAUUAACUUUUGAAAUGUAAUCAAGGAAGGAUGCGAGAUGGAAGAUGUGUGGGAUUUACUUGUAUUUUGAAUGCGUGGUACAUAUUUCGACUGACAAUGAGUAUAUACACGCACACGCGCACAAACCGCGCGCAUGCAGUAUGAUAAAUAGGCGUUCUUAGCACAUUUCAACCCGCAAAUGUAAAAUUUCAACUGCCAAUGAUAAUGAGAAUUUCAAUAAGAGAAACUGUACCUUUAAAUUAAACAAUUAAAUUUAAAUCAGUGUAUGUACAACAUAGACCUAUAUAAGUAUGGAUUGACAAUAGAAGCGAAGUCGUGAUCAACGCGCCAUAUGUUUUAUUGACAUGCGUUAUGUAUAUUUUUUGAGAAAGAGAACCUACUAAAAAGUACGUUUCUCUCCAACCUCUUAUGGACUGGAUGCUUAUACAGAAACUACAGCACAUUGCCAGUUCAUACUUGUAAGGUCUAUGAUAUACGUACGUAUGUACGUACGUACAACAUACGUACAACGUAUGAGUGAAUAAAAGUGAGUAAAAGAAAAAAAGGAGAUCGAAAGGACAAGCGAGAACGAGAUGUUAAACUAUUCAAUACCUGCGAAUUGCUCGAAAUCUUGCUCAGAAAUUUCAUAGUUUAAAGAAACAAAUGAAAAAAAAAGGAAGUGGAUUGAGAAAAAAAUCGUUCAUUAUAUUCUUUUGCAUCAUAUCACUUUACCUUAUACAAGUAAAUUAUCAAACAUUUUUCUUUUUGAAAUAAAAUGAAGCUAUUACUAUUUCUCACGCCCUUUCCUUUCGACAUCUUUCUUUACACGAAAUCUUGUACACGAAAUCUUGAUGUAUUGACUGUUAUGUGCGACAGCGAGUAAAAAUUCUUCGAAUUAUGCUCAUACUUAAUGAUCAUUAAGAUUAUAUGAUCCCGAUUAUAACGGAAUCGAUUUUAAGUGUGCCUAAAUUUAUGUGUUACAUCCCAAUUGUGUUAAAGAUACUCGAAAUACGAUACGUUUAACGUCACACGCGUGAAUAAAAGCUUAUAUAAGAGCCUCUGCAUGAAAUUAUAUGCUUAUUAUCGCUACACGUCAUUAUCUUUUGAUCGAAAUGAUUUCGAACGAGCAAUCGCACGAUUGUACUGGAUGUAAUAUAUUAUCAGUCGGAUAAAUGACUUCUAUUCGGCUUUCGGUCUACA